ACGCGAAACGUGUUGAUCAUAUCGUUUUACAGCCUCAUAGUCGUGGUCUCCCUGUGCGGUAAUCUACUGGUGUGUAAGAUAGCGUUCACGAAACGCAAAAUGCGGACAACCACUAACAUACUGAUCGCCUCCCUGGCCUGCUCGGACAUCGUGAUGACCGCGUUCAACAUACCCUUCAACAUAGCCCGGCUACUGCUAUCGGACUGGCCGUUCGGGUCCGUACUCUGCAUACUGGUGCCGCUCAUACAGACCUCCUGUGUCUAUGUGUCCACAUUCACGAUGACAUUCAUAAGCCUUCAUCGGUGGCGGACUAUAUCCAAGAGAUCGCUAUUCAGGAAGUUCUCGCCGAUCAGGCUGUUUGCCAUCAUAGCCGUGAUAUGGGGGCUGGCUAUCAUUGUCAGCCUUCCCCUGGCGAUAUUCAACCGCAUAAAGGAGGUGACCUUCCAGAGUCAGACGGUGAUCCGGUGCCGGCCCCAGUACCCCAACUUUGGCUUCAAUUACCCCCUGUUUUUGUCGGUUGAAGUACUGGUCACUCAGUACGUGGUGCCCCUCACCAUCACGUGUAUUGUGUACGUCAAGAUCGGGCUGGUGGUGGUGCAGCAAGGUAAAUUGGCGGGCAUGUCCAAUGAUGAUCGGAAGCGCCGACAGGUUGAGGCCAAGCGCCGCCGGAUUGUUAUGUUGGCGCUGGCGGUCAUCGUGUUUGCCGUUUGCUGCACAUUAGUCUACGACAUCGACACCAGCCUCACCGACAUCGCGGUGUACAUCGGCAACACUACCAGCCCAACCACCGCACCAGUGGCCAGCCCUACCCCACCGGAAGUGCAGACCACGCGAAACGUGUUGAUCAUAUCGUUUUACAGCCUCAUAGUCGUGGUCUCCCUGUGCGGUAAUCUACUGGUGUGUAAGAUAGCGUUCACGAAACGCAAAAUGCGGACAACCACUAACAUACUGAUCGCCUCCCUGGCCUGCUCGGACAUCGUGAUGACCGCGUUCAACAUACCGUUCAACAUAGCCCGGCUACUGCUAUCGGACUGGCCGUUCGGGUCCAUACUCUGCAUACUGGUGCCGCUCAUACAGACCUCCUGUGUCUAUGUGUCCACAUUCACGAUGACAUUCAUAAGCCUUCAUCGGUGGCGGACUAUAUCCAAGAGAUCGCUAUUCAGGAAGUUCUCGCCGAUCAGGCUGUUUGUCAUCAUAGCCGUGAUAUGGGCGCUGGCUAUCAUUGUCAGCCUUCCCCUCGCGAUAUUCAACCGCAUACAGGAGGUGACCUUCCAGAGUAAGACGGUGAUCCGGUGCCGAUCCCAGUACCCCAAUUUUGGCUUCAAUUACCGCCUGUUUUCGUCGGUUGAAGUACUAUUCACUCAGUAUGUGGUGCCCCUCACCAUCACGUGUAUUAUGUACGUCAAGAUAGGGCUCGUGGUGGUGCAGCAAGGUAAAUUGGCGGGCAUGUCCAAUGAUGAUCGGAAGCGCCGACAGAUUGAGGCCAAGCGCCGCGACAGAUUGGCGCUGGUGGUCAUCGUGUUUGCCGUUUGCUGGUAUGUAUUGUACUGUUUGCCCUUUUCGGGGAGGGGGGAAUUCACUUAG